GUCCCUCGGACACAGCGGAUCACUGAUCACAGAAAGAGUCGAAGAUGUCGGCUCGGUCAUGUGAUCAGCUGUGUCCAAUCACAGCUGAUCACAUGGGACAUGUACACUGAUCAUCAGGGCACUGAUGAUCAGUGUGCCCUGAUGAUCAGUGUAGCCCCAGCAGUGCCACCUGCCAGUGUCCAUCAGUGCCUUGUGUCAGUGCUCAUCAGUGCCUCGUGCCUGUACCCAUCAGUGCCACAUCAAUGACACAUAUCAGUGCCUACCAGUGCACAUCAAUGCCACAUAUGAGUGCCCAUCUGAGCUGCCUUUCAGUGUCACCCAUCAGUGCCAGUCAGUGCCACCUAUCAAUAUAAGUCAGUGCUGCCAAUCAGUGCCACCUAUCAGUGCCAGUCAGUG